UGUGUGUGUGUAGGCAAUCCUCGGCUGACUCCCUCCUUGGGCUUUGCACGCAGUCCUCCACCUUGCUCCCUCGCCUGGGUGUGUGCCCUCCUUGCCUCGCCCUCCCGCCCGUUUGCUUCCGCAGCGUAGUCAAGCUCUGCACUCGCAGCGAUCCUCGACGGACGAGGAACUGCUGUACUUCUGCGCCACAAGCCAGCCCUGGGAUCCCGCUUGGUCACUCCAUGUACAGGACAGUCGGCAUGCAGCAGCAGCAGCAGCAGCAGCAGCCUCACCAUGACUACCACGAUGACCACAGCCAAGAGACGACAAUGGGUCCUCCGUCCUACCUAUGCUCCCAUCCGCCUCCUCAAGCACUGGCCAUUGCACACGCCAAGAGGCCGAGGGAUGCACUCGACACUCCUGACCAUACACCAAGCGGCUGCACAGAGGCCAGCACAGAUCCACACGGCGGCAAGCGCACACGGCCUUCCGACACUCAGUCGUCGUCUAACCCGUCUUCUACUCGCCGCUCAGCCUCACAAGUCCAACAUCUUGGCCCAUCCCUUCGAAGUACCGCCAGGCCCAAUGCACUCCUGGCGCCCACCCAGCCGCCUCCCGCCCGUGUGCGCGUACGCUGGCAGGACCUCCCCUCCCCACCGCCUUCUCCUCCUCCACCACCGGCGGAUCAAUGUAGGUUAGGAGAAUCGCCAUCACCAGCGAGUGAGAGAGGAGCAGGAGGAGGAGUCGAAGCAGCAUCGACAAGACUCAACAAGGUCGUCUUGCCGAUGUACUUUCUCACAAAAGAGGAUGCAGAAUUCUUUGCCAGGGUGUACAUUGGCGCCGAAGACGAGACGCUGGCGCGAAGCAGAUCUCAGGGAGACAAAGGAGGAGCAGCGCGGGUAGAGUCCAUCACUACCGACCACCAAGGACCGUCAAGAAGUGCAGCAGCUGGGACUUGCACUGUUCCCAAGCCACAAAAGAAGAGGGACCCUGAUAAGCCUUGGUUGGUCCGCGCCGGGGAGAACAGUACCCAUGGGACUCUCACGCUGAAAUGCACCACCCACGAGCGCAACAACUGUCCAUGGAGCCUCCUCAUCUCUCGCCAGAAGUGGAAUGAUACCGCACCCUUUCUCUUCCCGACCGUGCGCCCAACACCCACAUACUACUACAAGCUGUCAAACACCAAACCCAAUCAUUCGCCAUCGUGCGUGCGCGGACCCCUCUAUCCCGUCAUCCUGAAUGCCUACCGGAGUAAGCCCAAGAAACCUGCACGAUCGUCCAAAGAUCUCAAAAACUCCUUUCAGGCUUUUGUAAAGGAAUGGAUAGAGGAGAGGGAGAGGCAGUCAGGGGGUGGGGCAGCCCAUCGAGAUCGGUGUGAUAUUGAUAAGCACGAAACUACCAAAUUCGCUUCCAAUAGCGGUGAUGUGCAGCAGACAGCAGAGGAGCGGGAAGAAGAUGAAGAAGACGAGCUACUGCCGGAUCGUAGCCCUAGCUAUCCUCAUGACAGCAUCGAGGAGCAAAGGGGGGACAAAGACGCAAGAUACGCCGACCUGGACGGCGACUUCGACCAGUGCGAUUAUGAAGACGACCUCUUACCGCCAGCUGGAAGUGAGGAGCCCGCUACCCAACAAGGGCAAGACUGCUUGCUGGAAGAACAUGUGGGUGAAGAGGCUGGCGCCGGCAUACAAGACGGCGGAAGCAUGAAUGAGGAAGCGACAGUACACUCUUCUGCGCUCUGCAGAAUGUCAAACAUUGGCGCAAUGGACAUCGAUCGGAGCCUCGGAACGCACAUGGACGCCUCAACAGCCAUUCUCCCAGCUCCCACGCUCCAGAUGGGCAGGCUCGCCGCCGAGAGAGAGGCAGACAUAGGGGAAGACGCAGCUGCAGCUGCGCACUCUCAGGCUCAGGAGCAAGCACCGAUAGUCGAACCGCCCGGCACUUGCAGAGCGCGUCAAGUCACAAGCACCUCGGGCGUCUCAGCCUCAGCAGUCGCAGGAAUCACUGCACAUGUCGCCAAGUCAACAUCAGCACUAGGACUGGCAAUGGCAAGUUCACCGGAAAUGACAUUGACCAGUACAUCCUCUGUCGACCGACCUACUUCGCAAGUCGUGAAAGCAUUGACCGACUCAAUAUCGACGGAUUUCUCAGCAUCAGCAGCAACAGCAGCGACACAAAUGUCAACAGCAGUGGCAACGUCUUCAGCUACGUUGUCAUUGCCCUCGGCUCUCUCGGCUUCGGCUUCAAAUCCAGCUCGAGCCCACUCCUCAAAGCCAUCAACAUCCUCCACACUCCGCCACCCAGCUCCUCCGCGAGCCCACACGCAGGUCCACCUUGAACCUCAAACGCUUGUCGUCUGGCCCCACAACGAGCCCGUUAGAGCACUCGGUGCGCUACUCGAGGGACGAUAUCCCGGAGUGGGCGAGUGGAUGCAGACGGUGAUCAGCAACGACAUGAGCGUGGGGAGACAAGAGAGUGACAGUGUUCAAGCUCCUGUUUUGAACCUCCUCGGACUGGUGUUCGUCGUCAAUGCAGUCAUGACUCGCUCGCCCUGGGCUCUAUCUGCAAAAUCGCGAGCGACAUCACAUCCAGUGACUGAUAAGGGUAAUUUCCUUCCGGCCCUGCCGGGCAUCAUCAUCUAUGUGCAUGUACCUGCGACAAGUCUCGCGCCCACCGAUGCCGAUUGCGCAGAGGCUACCGAGAGCGAGCUCAGCGGCUCGGAUAGGGAGAGUCGGGUUGACGUCGUCACGAGUCCAAGGGCAGGCGCAAGUGCAGGUGCAAACCAAAGAAGGAGAAUUCUCCUGGCCUGGCCUGGGCCUUGCGACACCCAGAGCAGCUGUGCAGCCGACCUCUUUGAGAAGAACAAGCGCAGCAAGAAGCACAAGGGCGGUCCAUGCCGGAGGUCUAAGAAGCGAGGGACUGAUAAGAAGGCUGGCGAUCGCGCGGAUGUGGCAGAGAGUAGUACCAGGGCGGACGAACACACGGCCGGUUGGACCACUUGCGCUCCUGGCACCAGCGCGAGCUCCGACGGCCACACCACCACGAUGACGAGUUGCUCGGCAAGCGCUACUGCAAAACCAGUGCGCCUCCUCUGCUUCCGCAGUGAGCUCAAGCUUAAUUGGCAUACGCCAGAGCGAUUCAAGUCUAUAUAUAAUCUGCUGCUGCCCGUUGAUCAGGCGGCACAGCUGAUGCAGCAGGCCGCUACGGCCACUGCUGUGUCAACGGCAGAGGAGAUCGCCUCCGUUUCCUAUGCCGGUCUGGCUACGAAAGUACCGAAUACAAGCGAGACUCGCAUGGUGAAAUCACGAACCUCGAUCUCUCCUCAGGGAAGUGUACAGCUGCACACACUCGUAUCAUGCCCGCCGCAUGAGCUACGAAUGCAAUUGGGUCUCGCCCAGCACUCUGCUAGGGCGCCAGCAAAGCAAAAGAGACGUCUGGGGCCGAGUCUCUCCUCUCCCUUGGUUUUCCCUCUCGCUGGCGAGCUCGAGCCCAACUCACCUAUGCACGGGCUUUCGAGAGACCAAGCCCAACGCCAAACCUCAGCCCACGCCAGAGCCGAUACUGGGAUCGUGCCGGACUCAGAGGCAGAGUCAGAGUCAGAGUCAGAGUCAGAAUCAGAUUCGGGUGGCACCUUGUCAGAGCUCUGGAAGCCUAGCGCAGACGACGUUCUGCUUCUGCUCAAUCACGACUCUCGCUUGGCGGCAAAGUGGAGGUUGGAGCGGGAGUGAGAGUGAGAGUAGGGGGAAUGGAUUGAGACAAAGGGCGGGAAAAGGGCAAUGGAGACGCUACGAGGCGAAGCUACUUUGCGUGUGGUCAGGACUGUAGAGGCUACUGGGGUACGUAGAGUGGUUCGUAGGGACCCUGGCGCAGAGAGGGACAGGCUGGACACAAGCCGACUUCGCUGCAGGUAGAGAGAAGGACAGAACGUUGAUGAGAAUGCCGAUGACUUCGGCAAGCCACAUGACUACCCACUGUGGUGCUUGGUGCUCUGCUCCUGGCUUGGCAGGCUCACCGCCACCAGCGCAUUGUGUACUUCUCCUUCUUUCCCCCCAUCCCUAUCCUGUCUUCUAGUGAGAUAGCCACGGCCUUUCCGGCCGCCGAAUCAACAACAUACUAUACAGUGCAUCACGAACACGGGGUCUUCCUCGACGGAGCG